AUGCGUGUAUUACAGGCACAAAGCCAAGAUAUCCGUGCAUUGCGUAAACAAGGCGCAGACAGCGAUGCUCGCUGGCGGAAGACACAGAAGGACGUGAUUCACGCGGUUUCGAGGAAUUCGGAGGAAUUUAGGAAGGAGCAAGUUCAGGCAGUGUGCAGGAGCGGAGAAGCAGAGAAGCAGAAGCUGGAGGAUGAUGCAGCGGCGCAGAAGCAGCAGGUUGAGGAUCGUGGAGAGCAAGAAAAAGCGAGAAUCGAUGCUCGUCAACAACAAGAUGUGGCGAGGAUCGAGGCUUAUCGACAAAGGGAAGUGGCGAGAAUCAAGGCUCAUCAAAAGGAGAUGGUGGAGAUGAUGCAUUGCAUGUCGAAGGCCGUCGCUUUCGAGGCAGACUUGGCAAGCGGUGACCAAAAAUACAAGGAUAUUUUACAACGAUCGGCAUACAAUGUCGCCACUACGCACACCAAUUCGGCCUUGCAAUAA